AUGGACGGUGACAGCAUGGACGUGGCCAACCCGAGCCAGGUUGAAGACCGAGUUGAGGUCAGUUUUGAAGUCGACCCCUGGUCGGCCCAGGGAAUGUCGGAGGCCGACCAGGUUGAAGUGGCCGAGAACAAUGGUGAGGCACUUCGCUUGGCGGCUCCGGAGAGUACGGAGGCGCUUGAAGCAGAGGCUGCAGAGGCUGCGCAGCAGAGGGAGCGCCUGUGGGCGCAGUUUUCAAAGGAUGAUUUGAUGAUACUGAAGGAUCUGCCGCAAUCACAUGUGAAGCCAAUCAAUUUCGACCAGUCGAUCGAUCAGGACAACGGACACAUGCUGCGCACAAAAGGCGACAAGGAAAAUGGCGAAGAUGACCGCCCAGCCCGUCGACGCGACCGCGGGGACCGCGGUGGAGACCGCGGGGACCGCGAUCGAGGACGGAGGAACAACUUUGAGCAUGAGUUCGAACAUGAGGACCAGAGCGAGAAAUGGCGGAAUCGCCACGAGCGGCACGGCCGCGAAAAUCGCCACGAAAGGGAACGUCAUGAUUGGCACGACCGGACCGACCGGGACUCCAGGUGGAGCACUUGGGGCUAUGGCGCGAACCACGGCACCCAGGCCGAUCCUUGGAACACGUACGACGAGCCAGAACCCCAAUGGGACAUGCCGGACACAUCCGCGGUGAACGAUGGCGGCAGUUUGCUGGACUGCACGCUGGGCGACAUUCGAAAGUACAAUGCUCCGCCUGCGCCGACACCCACGAGUGAGCGCAACGGUAUCCCUGAGCCGCCAGUGCAACACGUACCGCUGACCGCCCCUGAACCCGAAGUCCAGGUUCGCGAGGGGGUGCCGAAGGAGGACAAGCAUCAAUCUCGAGGAUUCAGUAGGUGGUUUGCCAACGACAAGCCAUCGCCCGAGGUAAAGCAAGACGACGAGGAGUUUGAAGUGCGUCGAAGCGAAGUGCCGGUUGUCAGCGCUCCUGCGCCGCUGGCACCGCCCGUCGUUGUAGCGCCUGCGCCUGCUCCAAAGUUAGCAGCGCCCUUGGCGCCCAUCGCUGAAAGGCCUACUGCACAGCCAAUGACACCAGGUGUCCUCACAGGCCACGCCCAUGCCACCCAGCAUGCCCACGGCAACGGCGGUCUCCACGGAAAUCACGUGGGCAGCACGAUGCGGAAUCCGCCCUCAGCCCAUGCCGGCCAUGCCCAGGCGCAGUCGCAGUCUUCACAGAAGCACGGCACCAACAGCGCCGGCAGCCAGAUCCUCUCCAUGAUCGGCGCCAGGCAGAAAGAGCCAGUAUCCCAUCAUGAACCUUCCGCGAAUGUUCCGAACAAGGUAACAGUCGCCGAUUUGUUCCAGAUUGCCAAAGGGCAGGAAUUGCCACCCAUUCCAGCCAUGUCUAGCCAGUGCCCGCCCAGUAGCACAGCCACUGGGCCAGGAAUGCAUUCCGCCGAGGAAGAGAAGGCGCGCAAUCGCAAGGCUGCGCGAGACAUCUACCAAGCGUCACACGCUCCUGCGGGCCAGAGCCCGCCAGACAGGCAAGCAAACUACCACGGACCUGGCACUGGCAGACAGCGGGCUCCGGAGUGGGGCGAUCAGUAUGCACAGACACGAGCUCCAGCUGCGAACAACGCUCGCGGGGCGAAGGCUCCGGCUGGGUAUGCAAAUCCUCCAGCUCAUCCGACGUUGACUUCACAUUUCCAGAGUGCUCGAGCACCCUACGGCACGUACAGUGCCGCACAGGAGGCCCACAUGGCAGGGGAGCGCUACGACACCGUGGCCAAUGCUACGCUCCCUGCCAAGCCACCUUCGCAGGCAGCGCCACUUACGGCAGCUUUCACUGGGGUACCAGGCCCAGGACCGGGGCUUCGACCGGAGGCCCUCGGAGCUCCGAGGGCCCCGGUCCCCGCGGCGACCGGGGCCCCGCCUUCCGCGAUGCCCGCUUUCCCCAGCCCCCAGGCCAGCUACCACAGUGGCCUUCAGACCUCGGCUCUGGGCCAGGCCAGAGACGGCCCGGCGGGGCAGUUCGACGAGGAAGCGGAAGCCGGCUGCUCCCAAAGCUAA